GGGCUGGCCGCUGGCCGGGCGAGGAUGGAGGCUUCGGGCUACUCUCUCGGGCCCAGCGGUGCCUUUGAAGAUGAGACCGUGAAACUUCGGCAGCAAAAACUUGAUAAUCAGAGAGCACUGCUGGAGAAGAAGCAGAGGAGAAAACGCCUUGAGCUACUCAUGGUCCAGCCAAACGCAGAAGUCAGGCUCUGCCACUCCAGGCCAAGAGGCAGAGAGGAACAAACUCGAUUAGUGGAACCUGAUGCCCUUGGCAACGAUGCCAUCCUACAUGGCAUUGAUGGUCCAGCUGCCUUCCUGAAGCCAGAGACCCAAGAUUUGGAAACCAAACUUCACCUUCUCUCAGUCGGCUCUUCUGCUACAGAAGAAGAUACCGACCAGAUCUUGGAUGAAGAAGGCACAACGGAGACGGCUGCGAAGCUAGAUCUUCAGGAGAUCCUCCAGAAGCAUGGAAUCUCAGGCAGUUUAAACUUUGAUGAGGAGGAGACCGAUGGGGAGGAAGAAGGAGGGAAAGAAUUAAGAUCACAUUCACCAAAUUCAGAAACAGAAAGACCCGAUUCUGCAUCCAGCCAGAAAUCAACCGCAGGUCCAGGGGCUUCCGGUUCUGCAGCACAGCAGACUGAAAACCAGCUGGGGGAAGUGGAGAAUUUAGAGGAGUUUGCAUACAGCCCUGCCCCCCGAGGUGUCACAAUCAAGUGUCGAAUAAUCAGGAAUAAAAAUAGAAUGGAUCGCCGUCUCUUCCCCACUUAUUGUAUGUUCUUGGAAAAAGAUAAAAAUCAAAAGAGGUUUCUUCUUGCAGCAAGAAAGCGGAAAAAGAGCAAAACUUCCAAUUACCUCAUCUCCACUGAUCCUCUAGAUUUAUCUCGUGCGGGGGAAAAUUACAUCGGCAAACUCAGAUCUAACCUCACGGGCAGCAGGUUCACAGUGUAUGACCAUGGGGUCAGCCCCACCAAGGCCCAGGGACUGGUAGAGAAGGCCCACACCCGGCAAGAGCUGGCGGUCAUCUGCUACGAAACAAAUGUACUUGGGUUUAAAGGCCCUAGGAAAAUGUCUGUGAUUAUUCCCGGGAUGAAUAUGAGUCAUGAACGGAUACCUUUUCGGCCACGAAAUGACCACGAGAGCUUAUUUUGCAAAUGGGAAAACAAAAUAAUGGAGAAUUUGAUUGAACUGCACAACAAGGCCCCCGUCUGGAAUGAUGACGUCCAGUCCUACGUCCUGAGCUUUCAUGGCCGGGUCACGCAGGCGUCUGUGAAGAACUUCCAGAUCGUCCACGACAAUGACCCCGACUAUAUCGUCAUGCAGUUUGGACGUGUGUCGGAGGACAUAUUUACGUUGGACUACAACUACCCCCUGUGCGCCAUCCAGGCCUUUGCCAUUGGGCUUUCUAGCUGUGACAGCAAGCUGGCCUGUGAGUGAGAGAACGGAACCGCAGGCGCAGAACUGACCUGCAUCGCUGUGGCGCUCUCAGAAGCAGAUCGUUAGUCUCCCUCGUCCCAAGACAUACACGCGUAUCUCUUUGGUGAAACACCCGAGUGUGCGUGUACACACACUCAAACUCCAUAGGGCUUUUUAGGCUUAAUCAGGAAUCGCAGUUGAGCACGGUUGAGAGAUCAUUGACAGCACCUUGGUCACUGCUCACGAGUCCAGUCUCCUCUAGCUUCCCGGAGAAGAGCAAUUCCCCACCUUGCCUUUAUUCUCCAGGGCAGGGCUUGCACACAUUGACUUCUGCAAAGGACAGACAGUAAAUACUGUCGUCUGCACGAGCCCAGUCUCUAAACUACUCAGCUGUGUCGCUGUAGCCUGAAAGCAGCCACAGACCGCUCAUGGUGAGUGUGGCUGUCUUCCAGUGCAGUCCUAUUUACACAAGUUGACAACAGGCCAGGUUUGGCCCAGGCCCUAGUUUUGCCAACACCUGCUUCAGGUAUGUCCGCAUCAGCUGUGGGCUUGGAACCCUUUCACAAUAAAUCUAUAGUCAGGAGAUGCUCAGUGGAGAAUGAGUAUAUUUGGGAAGCAGCAGCGGUUCAGAUGAGAGCUAAAGACUGGUUGCACAGCAUCUCUGUAGGCAGUUUCUACUUUCUUUGAUGGUGAUGGUUCCUCGUGCAGAUUCCACCAUCACGGUGGGGAAAUGCCUUCAGUUGCCAUCUGGAGUCCACGCAGGUGACUUAGCUCUGCUGCCCCAUCAGAGCCCCCACAGGAGGAGGCGGCAGCAGCCACCAUUCCCCAGAAGCAUUAGUGCUCACUCGUAAACAAAUUUAGAAGCGCACUUCCUGGUGCAGCAAGUGUGGCGUUUGUCUCCCAGAACCGGCCUGUGUCCCCCUGGGCUGGGAAGGCACUGGGGCCACAGGAACCCCUGCCCCUCAGCAGGUUGGCUAGCGCUGAUCUUAGUCUCAAAGCGGCUCUGGCCCAGUGUUUGAUCAAUAUGUAAGAAUUUGAUGUCAUUGUUUUAAUUUCUGUGAAGACCUUAACGCGUCAACUCUGAAAGUGACCGUAGUGCGUUACAGCUGAGGGUCAUUUGACAGUGCCUCCCCCAGCGACACGGGCCAAGGAGACCCGGACCCUCCCUGUAGGCAGUGUAAGAGGCAAGAGCACAUUCUCUGUGGUGACUUCUCAUCGUCACUGUCAAGGCAGAGGUUAUGGUAAGCACGUUAGAGCUGCGGGCAGCUGGUCCUCCCAGGUCCUAAGACUCCUCCUGAGCGGUCCACAUGGUUAGCACCUCCCAGCAGACUGUGUGGACGGCGCCGUCCAGUCCAGAGCCUGCGCACUGAGCAGUUACCAGCACAGGGCAUGCACCAGCGGCUCUUCCCGCCUGCUGCUGCUGCUAAGUCAAGCCUCCUGUGCUGGGGUCGAGGAGCAGGGACUGCUGGCUCCCAGGCCCCACAUGCUUUCCUGUGGCAUGAUUGGAUUCCUCUCAGGCAUGCUCCCCAUCAAGUGCCUCAUGGACAGAAGUGCGCUCGGGCCCUUCCCAACUCCCUCCCACCGUCCCGCCGGACUGCCUGCGCAGCCAGCCACCCCGGUUGAAAGCAGGAAGCUGCUCACUUCUCCAUGAGCAGCGCAGGGAUGGACGGAUGGACCGCAGCAGCGGCUGAGGGAAGGGGUGCUACCGCCGGGGGAGGGGAUCUGAUCCUGCGGGGGACCCCUGCACUAUCUUCCUUGGAGGACACCAGGGGACUCCCUGGGUCUUUCAAUCCAAUUUCCCCACACCCCUGAAGCCCCCGGGUGUCUUCCAGCUUCCUGUGCGCGGUGAUUGGUUUUACAUAAAUCAUAUUUAUACCUUUUGUAUGCUAAAAAAUAAAAGAUGAUUUAUA